GGAAAGCCUGUCGUGGAAAGCGUGGAAUUUGACAGAAUCACAGAAUUUUUAGGUUUGGAAGGGUCUGGAGAUGAUCUAGUCCAACCCCCUGCCAAGGCAGGGUCACCUAGAGCAGGUUAUGCAUUUUCUUCUUUGAGACAGAACUGAAACCAAAUGGAAAAGUUACCGAGACACAUUCCCACUCACCCUAUGCGCAGUCACUAGGACGGGAUGCUAACAGAGCACCUCCACAGAUACGCAGUUAGUUCAUCAAGGCGCGGAACUGCAGCUCAGCUCCUCACUGGAGGCACUUCCCCUUCGCUGCGCGGCCCCGAGCUCCUCCCCCGCGCGGGGCCCGGCGGGAGCGGCCAUGGAGCCGCCGCUGGGCCCGGAGUUCGAGGAUUCCCUGUUCGCGCCGAGCCGGGAGCGGCGGGAGCGCGGCGGGGACGGGGCUCCGAGCGGCGCCAGGCACUGCGAGCCCGGCGUGAGGAGCGGGGCGGCUGGUUCCACAGCGCGGCUGACUGCGGGGAAGGCGCCGGCGGGGUCACGGGCAGCAAGUUCCGUGCGGACUGGGCGUUCCGGCAGAGAGACUUCGAGAAAGCCCUGUGUGAAUACUCAGACUGCCUGCUACUCUUACCUGCCAGCAACAUUGCAAUGAGACGUGAUGUCCAGGAGGGCCAGGCUCGGUGUUUAUCUCGCCUAGGAAGGCACAAGGAGGCUCUGGAUAUUGCAGAAAAAAUGAGAAACAGCGCUACUAACACGGAUCACUUAACAACGGUUCUCAACCUGCAGUUUUCCAUUUACCAGGGUCUGGAAAAUGUAGAAAAAAAGAUUAUGUGUCUGCAGCAACUGAUCUGUUUACAUCCUUUCAAUCCCUGGUUCUGGAAGUUACUUGCUGAAGCUUAUAUGAGCCUUUUACAGAAUUUGUCUCCCAUGGACAUUCCAGAAGCAAAUCUAAAUCAGUCUGAAGAGGUUUGUGUAAGUAACAGCAAUUUCAGAACGAAUGGCAGACAGAUUAAUUUGCAGCCUCACAGAUCAGAUGGCCAGAAAGAAGGCCCUUGUUUCAGCCUUGUUGCAGAAACAAAGGGAGAGAAUGCAGUGACUUGUCCCAGCAGCCAAGCAGUGAAAGAAUUCCUCUGCACUUCGGGAGAACUGGAACGGACGGACGAAGAGAAAUGUGCAGACUCCAAGUCCUGGAAGCAGAACAUGUUAAAGGAAGUUGGGGUAAAAGCAUGUGCCUCGUUUAUCAGAGCAAGGCUUUUACUUCAGCUCACCCAGUCACAACAGUUGUCCUUUGUGCUAGAGAAUAACAGAAAAGGUCAAAAAGAAAUUGAUGACAAAGUGGCUCUACUUGGUUUCGAUGAAAACUCCUUGCUGUUGAUGUCCAAAGCUAUGGGGCAGGAUCUUAUACCAGAAAAACUAAAAGAGGAGUUUCAGGGUGAGGUAAAAUGCAUAGGCCCUUCAGCAUUGUCAUCACUGCUAACUGCUUCCAUCAUGGAAUUUGAAAUCAAAUGGUUUAGUAAUCUCCAAGAUGACUUAAGUCACUUUGACAGACAAUUUUCUUCAGAUAUUUAUCUCCCACCUUCAGUAACAUAGACUUUUUUUGUAUUUAUUCUUGUAUCUCCAAAUGAUUAUGGCAUGAUACAUGCAAUAAAUUUCAUAUUAUAUUUUUUAAGAA